AUGUAUUCGGAUAUCAAAUACCGUCAACUCAAAGACCCUGACCAUUGGAUAAGACUCCUCAAACUAGAGCCUUCUCUGGCGGAAUCUACUUCUGAACCCGAGCGAACAGAUUUCCUCGUUUGCAAUAUUGAGCAAUAUAUUCGUGGCGACUCCCCGCCUUAUACAGCCUUAUCAUAUGUCUGGGAAUCCCCAGAUAGCCCCAAAAGACAUGUUAGCAUUGAUGGAACGACAAUAGGCAUUAGCUCGACCGUCGAGAAUGCCCUUCGGCGUCUUCGGUUUCGCAAAAAGCCUCGCUGGCUUUGGGUAGACCAGCUGUGCAUCAACCAAGCCGACGAGGUCGAGAAGAGCCACCAGGUUCACCAAAUGCACUAUAUCUAUAGGGAAGCUGACCAAGUCAUCGCGUGGUUGGGUAACGGGAAUGAGGGCAGCGAUCUCAUAUGUCGCCUAAUGCGUGACACAGGUCGAGCCCUGCGCUCCAAUAACCUUGAAGCUUUGCGGAAGCUUUACUCUGGCAACAAAGAGGAAGGUUCUAUUGAUCUAGAUGCUGCCAAAACGGCUUUUCACGAUUUCUGCCAACGACGCUAUUGGCAACGUCUUUGGGUCAUGCAGGAGUUUGCCGUUGGUCGGCGUAUUGCCAUUGCUUGCGGUGACUGGAUUGUGAAGUCCGAUCUCAUAGAUCAGACUUUGGAUGCCCCGAAGAUUGUCCAACAACGCGCGCAGAAGAACUCCAUCGACGGCCUUGAGACGCUGAGCCGGAAUCUGAAUUAUGUCUACUCCACUCCGCUCAGCAGCUAUGUGUUCAACUUGUUCACAAGACGAUGGCACUAUGUCUAUUAUUCAGAUGGAGUGAACCCAUAUGGCCAACCCCUUUUACAGGUUGUCGCGGUAUCGCUCACGUUAGAAGUGGACUACAACGUUGUCCACGCAACCGACCCGCGUGAUCGUGUCUUUGCGUUACUAAACCUGGCCGGAGACAGAGACCAUUUUGACUUGUUUCCAGACUACUCUAUGACAGUUGAAGAGGUUUACAGAGGAACAGCCUGUAAGAUCCUAGAACAAGGUACUAUUGAUGUUCUCAUGUACUGUCAAAGGCCCAGGAAGCUUGCUUCUCUACCCAGUUGGGUACCUGACUGGAGCAUGGAUGUUCUGCAUCCGAAUGCACAGCCAGCGUGGAAUACCCCUUUUAAGGCGUCAGACACAUAUACCGCGAUACCCAAAUUUCCACAAUUCGAUACAGCGACAUUUGAAGGUAUUUAUGUGGACAAAGUUCAAGAGAUCGGGGCAACUUGGGACCCAAACUGGUUAAAACCCAUCAACCAGACCGCAGUCAACCAAUGGAUCAAAAGCAUCCGAGGCUUUUGCGACAGCUCCCCAAGAAUUAGGGUUGCAGAAGAGCGUUUGGAUACUGCGCGCAUUGGAAUACUUGAUGGUACUACUUAUUUCACAACGGUGCCUUACCAGGGCUGGGGAUCUCAGUGUGCGGAGGGUUUGGAGGAUCUUCAACAACCCAACACAGCGGAAGGAAAGGAGACUGGGGAGGCUUCGUCUGCAGAAGGCUCUUGGUAUGCUUCCGCUCUUAUGAGGAUGCACACGAGGCGUGCCUUUCUCACGUCCACAGGCUUUGUUGGGGUAGGUCCACUUGUUAUGCAGCCAGGAGAUGAAGUCUGUAUCCUGUUGGGAGGAAAGAUUCCAUACCUUUUGCGACCUCAGAGCGAUGAGACAUACACACUUGUCGGAGAGGCGUACGUGCAUGGGGUCAUGCAUGGAGAACUUUUCAAAGGUGGUGCUAGAAACCUAAGAAAUUUUGUUGUGAAGUAG